GUCUAACUGGGUCUUAAGAAUCAUCGGCAUAGGACCCACCCUUUUAUUGUUCCAAAAGGUGGAAUCGCCCACCCCAGGCGCCCCCACCCCCUUGCCCGACAGGAAUGGUGGAGGAAGUAAAUCAUGGAAAAGGUCUGCAGUCUGCGGACUACUACUGUAGACAUCUGCAGGAGAAGUGGUGGACCGAAGUAUACUCAGAUUAUAAUUUUGGUGAAGGAGAAAGAAUGAGUUCUGCAGGGUCUGGCAGAGGCAAGCCCAAGGCAGCCAAAUCCACUUCCCGAUCUCACAAGGCUGGCCUCCAAUUCCCCGUCGGCAGGAUCGCCCGGUUCCUCAAAGCCGGCAAGUACGCCGAUCGCGUCGGCGCCGGCGCCCCUGUCUAUCUCGCCGCCGUCCUCGAAUACCUGGCCGCCGAGGUUCUGGAGCUGGCGGGGAACGCGGCGAGGGAUAACAAGAAGAACAGGAUCGUCCCCCGCCACAUACAGCUGGCCGUGAGGAACGACGAGGAGCUGAGCAAGCUUCUCGGUGACGUCACCAUCGCUAACGGCGGCGUUUUGCCCAACAUCCACCAGCACCUCCUCCCCAAUAAGUCCGGCAAAGGCAAGGCCGAUGCCUCCCAGGAAAUUUAGUUUCCUUUUCUUUGGGAAGAUUCAAAUCUUGUCCUUUUUUUUAAAGAAUGAAAUAAAAUAAAUUUGUUGCAGAAACUAUAGAGUAUUAUAUAUUUAUAUUUCAGCCAAUAAUUCUGCAAAAUUAUU